AUGCAGGGUCUCACCGCUGUUAGCCUGAUCCGCAUGGGGCAUACGGUACAGAAGAGCGACUGGAUCGUGAUCCACGCCGCUGUCGGUAGUAGCGGUCUCAUCGCCGCCCAAUUGACCCACCACCUUGGUCCCCAUGUCAUCGGUCCCGUAUCGACCGAGGAAAAGGUUGCCCUUAUCAAAGCCGCCGGUGCCGAACAUGUCGUCCUCAUAAAAAACGGCCACGGUGCUCUCGAGAAGAUGGUCCACGAGGUCACCAACGGCCAAGGAGUCCACACCGUCUUGGACAGCAUUGGCCAGGAAUCGUUCGAGUCCAGCCUGAACAUUUUCCGUCGUAUGGGCACAAUGGCCCUGUGUGACAACUACAAGUACACCCGCAGCAGAUUCGAUGGGCUGUAUGGAGAACUCGCCGAGUACUUGGCCAAGGGACAGCUGAAGGUCCAUGUACACAACAAGGUCUUCGCCUUGGACGAGGCCCAACAGGCUCGCCUGGAUCUUGAGGACUGCAAGUCUCCUGGCAAGCUGCUGAUCAAGAUCGCAUAG